GUGUGUGUGUGUGUGUGUUUGUCGGCAGACAGUCAGUCAGAAGGACCGGAGUCCCAGCGGCAGUUUAGGAGAGUCUAAGCGGGGAAAUCUACGUCCAAUACGGGAGAACUCACAAGGGGGAAUCCGCGAUGAGUUGGGGAACGGAGCUAUGGGACCAGUUUGAUAAUCUGGACAAACACACUCAGUGGGGGAUCGACUUUCUUGAGCGCUACGCAAAGUUUGUCAAGGAGAGGCUGGACAUAGAGCAAAACUACGCCAAGCAGCUAAGGAACUUGGUAAAGAAAUACUGUCCAAAACGCUCCAAAGACGAGGAGCCGAGGUUCACAUCAUGUCUGUCCUUCUACUCUGUACUCAACGAACUCAACGACUAUGCUGGUCAGAGGGAGGUGGUGGCGGAGGAGAUGGCUCACAAGGUGUACGGAGAGCUGAUGAGGUACAGCCAAGACCUCAAAGCUGAAAGGAAACACCACCUACAGGAGGGCAGGAAGGCCCAGCAGUAUUUGGAUCAUUGCUGGAAACAGAUGGACAAUAGUAAAAAGAAGUUUGAGAGAGAGUGUAGAGAAGCAGAGAAAUCCCAGAUUACCUAUGAUCGGUUAGAUAAUGACAUCAAUGCCACCAAAUCGGAGGUGGAGAAGGCCAAAGCCCAGUUCUACCUGCGCACUCACAUGGCUGAUGAGAGUAAGAACGAGUACGCUGCUCAGCUGCAGAACUUCAACGCAGAGCAGUGGAAACAUUUCAACAACGCCAUACCACACAUCUUCAAGAAUCUGCAGGACAUGGACGAACGCCGGACGGUGAAGCUCGGAGAGACGUACCGGAGCUUUGCCGAGGCCGAGCGGAGAGUCAUUCCCAUCAUCACUAAAUGUCUAGACGGAAUGGUUUCUGCUGCUAAAGCUGUUGAUAAUAAAAGGGAUUCAUCCAUUGUCAUCGAGUCGUUUAAAUCGGGCUUCGAGCCUCCGGGCGACUUCCCCUUUGAGGACUUCAGUCAGAAUCUGAGCAGAACAGGUUCAGAUGGCACCAUUAGCAACACACCCAAAGGAGACAGAGACAGAGACGGGGCCCCGGGGCCACGACAAGACCCAAAACACCCUAUGAGUAGAACCAAGAACAAGCUGUGGCUGUUUGGGAAGAAACCAAAGUGGUCAGUCAAGAUGGCCCCCUCUCUGGAGGAUUUCAGCCACUUACCCCCUGAACAGAGGAGGAAGAGGCUGCAGCAGAGGAUCGACGAACUCAGCAAAGAGCUGCAGAAAGAGAUGGAUCAGAGAGAUGCCCUGAACAAGAUGAAGGAUGUGUAUGAGAAGAAUCCACAGAUGGGAGACCCCAGCAGCCUGCAGCCUAAAAUAUCAGAGACCAUAUGUAACAUGGAGAAACUGCGCUCAGAAAUCCACAAAAACGAGACUUGGUUAGCUGAGGUGGAGGGAAAGCAGAGCUCCAGAGGAGACAGAAGACACAGCGCUGACAACCACCAUCACACUCCUCAAGGCAGAGAAAGUCCUGAGGGCAGUUACACAGAUGACACCAGUCAGGAGCAUCACACGCCUCACAAGCGCUCCAGUCCUCCACAGCCCGGACAACCCAACCCCGACCCGCACGAGUUUGAUGAUGAAUUUGAUGAUGACGACCCGCUGCCUGUCAUCGGACACUGCAAAGCGCUCUACUCCUUCGAUGGUCAGAAUGAGGGGACGCUGGUGAUGGCAGAAGACGAGGUGUUGUACAUCAUCGAGGAGGAUAAAGGCGACGGCUGGACGCGGGCGAGGAAGCAGAGUGGAGAGGAGGGCUACGUCCCCACCUCCUAUGUAGAAAUCACCAUGGAGAAAAACAGCAAAGGUGCUGUCACCUACAUCUGAAGCUAACUCUGUGGUCUGUCCUCUCAUCCUGUCUGUCGUCCUCUCCAUCCUCCCUGCUUUCUGUUCCUCAUCAUAACACUACAAAAGGAAAAAAAGACAGCAUGGACAUUCAUCAGCUCUCUCUCUGUCCUCCUGUUUUUCCCUCUAACCCUGUAAUCAUUUGUCCUCCUCUCAUAUCUGUGGGACUGGUGUUUCAGAGGUGAGUGAGCACAGAGACAAAUAGGACAAACCUAUUUGAAGGUGUUUGUAUAUUGUAUAUGAAGCGUUUCUCUGUGUGUGUGAAUGUCUCCACUGCUGUUUUGAGCCUCGUGUAAAGGCUACACCACUUCUUAUCGAUCAAAGUGUUGAAGUUUUAUGUAAUAUAUUAGAGACAAUUUAUUUUUUAAUUAUUUUGAUGUUUCUUUUUUAAAACUGGAGACAUUUAAAGUUGAUUUUAAGUUCUUUGGAUUCAUGUUUCAUCUGUUUUUAUUUCUGUCUGAUUGUUUUGUGUGUGUGUGUGUGUGUGUGUGUGUGUGUGUGUGUGUCUGUGUGUGUACAUGCACAUUUGUUUUUUUCUGUGUUACCUGUGCCAUCACACUAAAUGUUGAAUUACACUUGCAGAGGUUUGUCUGGUUUCAGCCUUGGUGGUGUGUUAUCACACAGUUACAGGAGUUUGGCUCAUUCAGUCUUCUUAUUGUUGUGUGUCCUUUCAAAGCAGGGCUAGAAGUUUUAAAGGAUAAGGCUGGUGUUACUCUACGUUUUUAUUUAUCAUCAACAAAUCCCAUGAAAAAACCCCAUCUAAAUUCAAUUUGAGAGAGGCAUAAAUUAUGAAGUCAAAUGCUGUGUUUUUUUCCACUGCGGAGAAAGUCAUCUGUACAUAACUUGUACGACAGGUCUGGACCACAUGUGAACCUAAGAGAAAUUUAAAGUAGUCAUAAGAAAAAGCACAACAGAAAUAUAUGAUUUCUCCCUUUAAUCAUCUGGUGGCCCCUCACAUUUUUCUUGGGACCCGUUGAGGGGUCUGGACCCCAUGUUGGGAACCACUUUUCUCCUGAGUAUUUCCGGCAGUACAGAGGAAUAAGAGAUACAACGAUAAUACGUGUUAGAACCAGAAAUUCUUUUUUUAUUUUAUGGUGAACAAUAGGAAAUAUAUUAAUGUAUCACCAGCCAUAUUCUUUAAUUCCUAAUUUAGAAACCUGAAGUUAGGAGAUAAAGUUAGGAAGUGUGCAGUGUGAAAAUGGUUUCACCUCAGUUAAAGGAGUCUGUAAGAACAAUUCUUAUUAUUCUCACUGACAAAUCAUGUAUUUUAUGUGAUCUUGUGCUCAUAAAUGGACUGUUCUUGGUCAUUGUUUGAGUCUCUGAUUAAAAACAGCUCUGACCAUCAGAGUUUCCACUGGUAUCCAUGAUAGUAUAAUCCUCUACUGCAGGUGUUUCACAGUAACUGUGCCAGCUGAUUAUCUCCAUGCAGUCACACUGGAAGGGUUAUUAUUGCAGCCAACACCUUGGAGUACAAACAAGGGUGCAGAAUCAUGGCAGCCAAAUAAUAUGUGACUGUAUGCAGAGAGCAGCUAACUAGAAAGUGUUGCUACCAUUUAUUUGUUGGCAUUUUCAUGUUAUCAGCUCUUACAGUCACUGGGAGAGUGUGGAUAAAGAGGAGGCUGCCAAAUGUACAAAAACUAACUUUUUCUUCCUUCUUCCACUCUGUGAAUCAGUUGCGAGUUGACCUUUCAUUUACUUCAUCCCUUCUCGUCUUUCUCCUCCAAUUUGUCCUCCCCUCCUGCACUUUUACCUCUGUCUUUCUCCUGUUUGAUCCCUCCUUCCCUGGCUCUCAAUUUUAUUUUCCUCAGUCUCAUCUUCCCUCCUUUUUUGAACAUUUGUUUCCUUCUGUCUUUUAUGUACUUGCUUCCUUCUUUCCUGUCUUUCCAUGUCCUCAUCUCUUUCCUUCUAUCCACCUGUCUUACCUCAUGUUCUACCUUUCCUCCCCUCCCCUUUCCUUCCUUCUGUCUUUCUAUUUACUUUCUGGUGAUUCAUCUCCUUAAAGUCAACUCUAUUAAAAAUGAAUUGGCGGUCUCUCUGUAUGAACACUUUGAUUCUCUUAAAACACACCUCUUUGUCAAACUUCAAUCAUAUGUGUGUGUGUGUGUGUGUGUGUGUGUGUGUGUGUGUGUGUGUGUGUGUGUGUGUAUUAGUGUGUGAGAGGGACAAUUGCAGCACCUUGUGUGUCUUGUAGUAACUCACUCUCUCCUCUAUGUGACUGCAGGUUCCUGAGGGCUGCAGGGUGGCCGGGCGAUUUGAUUGGCUGGUGGAGGGCUCACGCUGAUUGCUGAUUAUUGGUGGUGGGGGGGUGACCCAAGAAAGAGAGCAAUGAGGGGAAAGAGAGAGGUAGAGAGGGAAAGAGAAAGAGAAAGAUGGGAGGCAGGUUUGCAUGUCUGCAUGCUCACAUAUUCAUAAUCAGCAAAGCAUUUUGGGUUACUAUGGGAAGAAUGAAGGGUCAUAAGUAGAGGAGAAGAUGACCUUAAAGCCAAAAAAGGCACUAGGAUCAUUUAGUGGCAGCCACUGGAGAAGACCCACCCUGAUCUGCAGGAGUUUCUGAACAUUUUGUUGCAAAAGUCUGACAUGGUCAAACCACAGCAGCAGUGGCAGACAACAGAAAGAUUUGUACUCAUUCACAGGGAUAGAAACUACAAUCCCUCUGCUCUGCUGCUGGACUGAAAGGUGAAGCUACUAUCAGACUUUUAUUAGACUAAACAGAAGCUGCAACUUGCUGCCUGCUGGUCCGUAAGGGUCUUAAAAGAUGGCUACACACCUCCUCCAAUCACAGAGUUUCAGCUCCCAGAGAGCAGUGCAACAGGAGUUUUUUUUCUCUCUGAUUGGUUGUGGAUUUAUCCUUUAAUGACAGGAGCAUCUCCCCACCUCACUGAUUCACUGACUGCUUUGUGCUUUAACAGGAAAAGUUGCCUUUUAUAAAUUCAACAAGUCUCCUAUGUAGGUGCAGGUCAAAGUGUUGGAGGAAAAGUUUUUCCAAGUCUUUUGUAGCAGCUGCCAUGGGCUACUCAAACCGUAAAAUAGCAUUUUGACAAGAAAUUCUCAUCACAAAAGAUGACAUAGCAACUGAGUGACUUCAUCUGCAGAGGAAGGCCAUAAGGUGUGGCUGAAAGCUUCGGAAACAUCAAGUAAGUAACUUUGUGAUGAGAUGUUUUUUGGUCAAAUUGCUAUUUCCAAACUCAAAAAGAAAAGAACACUGUAGCUUUCGGCUUUAAGUUGUCUCAGCGUACAAUUCACAUUUUUUACACGUGCCAUUUGUACUUGACUAUUUUUAAAAAAUAUUUCAGUGUUUCCUUACCAUUUAUUCUCUGAGUCAAGCUGUCAACAUGUAAACGUUUCCCCCAAACAUUUGCUCCAGCUCCUCAUGAGAGACAGUUCAGCUGAUUUUAAACUCAUCAUCAGGGUUUGUCACCUUCUGAGGGUCAGCUGUGUUUCCAGUAUUUGCUGCCACUAACAAUGUCAGUGCUGCUCUCAUCCCUGUCAUCAUCAUCUGUGCUCUGUUGGUGAUGUCUGCCUGCCUGCCUGCCUGCCUGAGCCACUCUGCUCCUCAUGCCUGCCUUCACCCUCAUACAGUCGCAUGUCCAUAACGUGUCCCCCAACAUGAUUAGGCAUCUGUGACUUUAACUCCAACUUUACAAGUGUGUGUGCAACUUUGGCUGAGUCGUGUGUUGAAUGCUGCGUCAUUGUGAUGUUUUAAUGGAUGUCCAGCAUGAGUAUGAUUUUAUUUUUGUGCAUUUAAUGUUACUCAUCAGACAGAUAGCAGGACUAUCAGGUGAAUACAGGACCUUUCUACCCCUCUCUUUCUUCCUACCUUUCCUCCUCUUCUUCCUGGGUUGUAAUUCCAUCAGUCGACCAGCAGAUGGGAGCCUUCCCUCACCAAACCACAGCUCAGCUCCAGCCGGACUGGGCCGCUUUCAAUAACACCAAACAGAAAAAGGAGCUCCGGUGUCUUUGCAGUCAGACUCUGCCUUAAACUUCAUGUCGUUUUACUGUGGAGGGAUUAUUCCAUACA